AUGUCUCUUUCUGCUGCUUCAACUUCAAAUGCGAACAAUAGCAAUAAUGAGCCUGUAACAAUUAGCGGCAGCAUCCUUGGAGUCUCAGAAAACCCAUCUGUAUCGAAUGAGAAAGCGUCAGUAGACACGGAAAACAUUCAAAUCGAGGGAUCGCAAAAUGGAGAAGAUGCCUCUUCGGAACAGCAUGUUGAUGAUGGAGAUAAUGGCGACAAUGCUACCGGUGUUGGUACAGCUCUGCCAUCAAUAAAUGGUUGGGAGUCGCCACGACAGGAAGCAAUUAAUGGAGUAGUACAGCCGCGUGUAAUACCACCGCCAGGUAAGCCUACACGGCAUACGAAUCAACUUGAAUUCAUGUUGAAGGAAGUUUUAAAACCAGCGAUGCGUCAUAAACAUGCUUGGCCAUUUAUGAAACCUGUAGAUGCUGUACGUCUAGGUUUACCGGAUUAUCAUAAGGUGAUCAAGCGUCCAAUGGAUAUGAACACCAUCGAAAAGCGCUUGCGUAAUUGUUACUACUAUUCGGCAAAAGAUUGCAUGCAAGAUUUUGAGUCCAUUUUUUCCAACUGCUACAAAUUCAACCAAAAUGAGGACGAUGUGUCACUUAUGUGCAAGAAUGUCGAAAAUUUGUACCGGGAAAAAAUGAAACUACUGCCGUCUCAGGAAGUAGAAAUACCGCGUCUAACAGCUAAGCGAGCUGCUGGUAAAUCGAAGAAAUCAACUGGUCGUACGGCAAUCGUUAAAGGAGGAAGCCGCGAAUCGUCUGUAUCUGUACAACGUGGAGCUGCUGACAGUUCAUCUGUUUUGGAUGCUACAGCAGAUAGAGCUGUUCAUGCUACUGCAUCUACUGUAGACGAUAUUCAUCCAACAUCAUCGCAAGUGCCUGUUCAACCUGUUCUUCCUUCGAAGGUUCAGAAAGGCGUCAAACGGAAAGCAGAUACAACAACAUCAUUUGGUGAUGAUGUCAUAAAUGCAAAAAUUGCAACUCGUCGAGAAUGUGGCCGACCACCCAAAAAGCCAAAUUACUUUAUUGAUUAUAAUCAGUUGAAGCCACGUUUUAAAGGAAAACAAACUGAACAAAUGAAAUUUUGCCAGCGACUCGUCAACGAAUUAUUUACGAAGAAGUGUAAGUCGUUUACUUGGCCAUUUCUCGAGCCGGUGGACGUUGAGGGUUUGAAAUUGGAAGAUUACUAUGAUAUAGUGAAGAAUCCAAUGGAUUUGGGGACGAUUAGGAGGAAGUUAGAUGCCAAGCAAUAUGCCACACCAGAAGAGCUGCGGGCUGAUGUUAUCUUGAUCUGCGAGAAUUGCUACAAGUACAAUCCCACAUCAGAUCCUAUCCAUCAGCACGGUCGAGCUCUUCAGAAGUAUUUCGAGGAUAAAUGGCGCCAAAUGCCUGAGGAGCCAUCAGCAAUUGAUGAGGGAACAACGGCUGUGGUAGCAACAUCAAUUCCUGCACCAAUAAGUCACGCAUCACUAGCUCAUGCGGUUACAUCAGCUUCUGCAAUAGUCAAGGAUGAAUCAGUGGUGUCUGGUUUUCCUCUUGUGCCAGUGAAUGUUUCUUCAGGUGUUAUCGACAGUGAUGAACAUAUUGAUCUCAUUUUACUUGCUCUGCAAACUGAAACUGCCAAAUGUCAGGAAAAAAUAUCUGAGCUUCAGCGUCAUUCUCAGGAAAUUCUGUCGUUGAGACUGAAACGAAGGGAGGCUCAAGCAAAUCAUCUACCCGUUCCAGUUCUUUCUGCAGCCACUGUAGGCACCCUUCAGUCUUUGGUUUCAACACAGUUUUUGUUUAUUGCCAAUAGCCCAACUUCGAUGACGAAACCAUCUACUGCAUAUCCAGCCAGCAUUGCUGCUACUCCUGUGUCACGUAAAAAACCAGGUCGUCCCGCCAGGACUUAUCAACAGCAAGCCUCUGAAUUACCUGCAGGACUGCGUACGAACCACACUGAGAUAUCACCGCAGGAUCGAGAGCUGAAGCAUGAAGUGAAUUCACCUUUGAGUAAAACUUCUGCCCAACAACAAGUCCAAAAUUCAGUACAUGUGUCUAGUCCAAAUGUACGUACAACGACAGCGGUUCCACCUCAGGGAACACCUCAAAAACCUCGUGAACAAAGUGUAUCAGCAGUAGCGCGGAAGCGUGGUCGGCAACCCGGCUCUAAAAACAAGCCAAAAACAGAUGCGGCACAGUCAGGCACGACAGUAUCAGACACUCCAUCGCGGCAGUCUGGAUCCAGAAGGGUGUGUGAAGAUUAUGACUUCGAUUCGGAAGAUGAACGCACUGCAGAGCCAAUGAGUUAUGACGAAAAGAGACAACUUUCUCUGGAUAUCAACAAGCUACCUGGUGAUAAGCUAAGCAGUGUUGUCAGUAUUAUUGAAUCUAGAGAGCAACUUCCGGGUUUCAACCCUGAAGAAAUUGAAAUUGAUUUCGAGACUCUUAAGGCUACUACACUGCGCGAAUUAGAAGCAUUUGUUGCGGCAUGCUUGAAAAAAAAGCCGAGGAAACCAUAUACACCGAAAUCGCAGAAAGAAGUUGAAAUUAAGAAACGAGAACUGGAGGAAAAAAUCAAAGGCUUGGGUGGAGUGAUUAGUGCAACACCUGUGACUGUAGCACAAAAUGGUACAGAACCGACAACAACAGAUAAAGCUGGUGAACCGUCAUCCUCAGAAUCUUCUUCAAGUGAGGAUGACUCAUCGUCGGAUUCGUCAUCCUCCGAUUCCUCAGAUAGUGAAUCAGAGAACACAGAUAAUGCAAAAGCGGAACAUCAGGAACAGCAUGUUGGUACUGAAAAGUCACAAGAUGUUGACCAUUCAACGGAAAAGAAGGAAACGUCGCCAACUGUACCAUCUACAAACAAUCAGCAGCAGCAACUUGGUCCUGUAUUACAGCAUCCUGCAAAUCAUUUUCAGAUGGGGAAUGUUGAAGAAGAGCAGAAGAAUGGUGAUAGUGGUGCUUUAAUAGUAGCAGAAAAUCAGCUUGUUAAUGUAAAUUCGAGUAAUGCAAUAUCUGUUGCCUCACAGGCACAGCAGGCGCAAUCACAGAUUUCUGGAGGAUCAAUACUUGAUCAGUUAUUACCGGCGAAACAAAAUGAAAUGGAGGACAAAACUGGUGUAAAAAAAAUGGCCGGGUGGGACACUUUGGCGAAGAAAAGUCAAAGUGGUAGUUUGAAUAUGCAAACGUCAACGCAGUUUGAAUUGUUUCGGAAGCAUGCCAGAGAAAAGGAAGAAAAGCGUAAGCAGUUGAGAGUGGAAGAAGAACGAAGACGCCGUUUGAAAGAACAGGAAGAGAGGGAGCGUGUUAAGGAUCACGCUGCAGUCAAAACUGCUGAGCUGGAGCAGAGAAGGCAGAAUGAGCUUUUGCGUCAGAAGGAGCAGGAAAGACGACGUCGUGAAGCGAUGAGUACAGGUGGCAAUGUCACGAGUCAGAUGGAUUUAAUGCUCAAUUUCGAAGCUAAUUUCUAG